AGAUCUCUGAGAAGAGAGGAAGGAGUGGCAUUAACGAAUGAAAACUUUGUCUAAGGUUCAAUGGCAAAGUUCAACCUGAGUUUCCAGGACAUUUAUCGUUUGCCUCCCAGUAUGGCCAGAAAGCAUAUGUGAAGGUUCUCCAGUAGCAUAACCUGAAUUGGGUUAGUGCUCCAGAAGAACCAGCAGAUCAACUUGAUCAGGACGGUUCAGGAAUCUUUUGGAGCAGUGUUGGGAUUUCCCACCAGAAUGAGUAUGAUUGGCUGUGAUUUUAGAUCAUAAAGCAAAUAAUCGAAAUCAUGAAAGUAGACAGGACUAAACUGAAAAAGACACCUACAGAGGCCCCUGCAGACUGCAGAGCCUUAAUAGACAAACUCAAAGUUUGUAAUGAUGAGCAACUCCUCUUGGAACUACAGCAGAUCAAAACAUGGAAUAUUGGAAAGUGCGAGUUAUAUCACUGGGUGGACCUGUUGGACCGCUUCGAUGGAAUUCUGGCAGAUGCUGGACAGACAGUGGAGAACAUGUCAUGGAUGCUCGUAUGUGAUAGACCGGAAAGAGAGCAACUGAAAAUGCUUCUUUUGGCUGUGUUGAACUUCACAGCCCUGCUCAUUGAAUACAGCUUUUCUCGGCAUCUGUACAGUUCCAUAGAGCAUUUGACAACUUUAUUGGCGUCCUCUGAUAUGCAAGUGGUGCUGGCUGUCCUUAACCUUCUGUAUGUAUUUAGCAAAAGAUCAAACUAUAUCACACGUCUGGGAUCUGACAAGAGGACCCCACUGCUAACACGGCUGCAACAUUUGGCAGAGAGCUGGGGUGGAAAGGAGAAUGGCUUUGGACUUGCAGAGUGUUGCAGAGACUUGCAUAUGAUGAAAUACCCACCCAGUGCAACUACACUACACUUUGAAUUCUAUGCAGACCCUGGGGCCGAGGUCAAAAUUGAGAAGAAGACAACUAGUAACACACUACAUUAUAUUCACAUAGAGCAGCUUGACAAGAUUUCAGAAAGCCCUUCUGAAAUCAUGGAAUCUCUUACCAAAAUGUACAGCAUUCCUAAAGAUAAGCAGAUGCUGUUAUUUACACACAUACGGCUGGCCCAUGGGUUUUCUAACCAUAGGAAGCGACUACAAGCUGUUCAGGCCAGACUGCAUGCAAUAUCUAUAUUAGUGUAUUCUAAUGCCUUGCAGGAAUCAGCAAACAGUAUCUUGUACAAUGGGUUGAUAGAGGAGUUGGUAGAUGUCCUUCAGAUAACAGAUAAGCAGCUUAUGGAGAUUAAAGCUGCUUCUUUACGGACAUUAACAUCAAUCGUCCACUUGGAGAGAACUCCCAAACUCAGCAGUAUUAUUGACUGUACUGGAACUGCCUCCUACCAUGGAUUUUUGCCUGUACUUGUGCGGAACUGUAUCCAGGCCAUGAUUGAUCCUUCCAUGGAUCCGUACCCCCACCAGUUUGCCACUGCUCUCUUCUCUUUUUUAUACCAUCUGGCCAGCUACGAUGCUGGUGGUGAAGCCUUGGUCUCCUGUGGAAUGAUGGAAGCCUUAUUGAAGGUCAUAAAGUUUCUUGGCGAUGAACAGGAUCAGAUAACAUUUGUUACCAGAGCUGUGAGGGUGGUUGACCUCAUCACCAACCUGGACAUGGCAGCUUUUCAAUCCCAUAGUGGGCUUUCUAUCUUCAUUUAUAGACUUGAGCAUGAAGUAGAUUUGUGCCGAAAAGAAUGUCCAUUUGUGAUCAAGCCAAAGAUCCAGAGACCCAGUACCACACAAGAAGGAGAAGAAAUGGAAACUGAUAUGGAUGUUGCAGAUGUGACUAUGGAAAGCAGUCCAGGCUCAUCCAUCUCUAUGGAACAACGGCUGGAUGUUGAAUUAAGGACAUCAAGCUCCAACAACAGUGCUAACAUCUCUUCUGGCCCUGGCCCUGGGCCUGGGCCUGGCCCUGGUCCUGGCCCUGGCCCUGGUCCCGGUCCUGGUCCUGGCCCUGGCCCCGGUCCCGGCCCUGGUUCUCGUCCUGGUGUGCAGUGUAUUCCACAGCGAGCAGCACUUCUCAAAUCCAUGCUGAACUUCCUCAAGAAAGCCAUUCAGGACCCUGCUUUCUCGGAUGGCAUACGACAUGUAAUGGAUGGUUCUCUGCCUACCUCCCUGAAACACAUCAUCAGCAAUGCAGAAUACUAUGGCCCAUCACUUUUCCUCCUAGCUACUGAAGUGGUGACUGUGUUUGUAUUUCAAGAACCAUCACUGCUGUCCUCACUACAGGACAAUGGAUUAACAGAUGUCAUGCUGCAUGCACUGCUUAUCAAAGAUGUUCCUGCUACCCGUGAAGUCCUUGGCUCCCUCCCAAAUGUAUUCAGUGCACUCUGCUUGAAUGCCCGAGGUCUUCAGUCUUUUGUACAAUGUCAGCCUUUUGAACGUCUCUUCAAAGUUCUUCUCUCUCCAGAUUACCUCCCAGCCAUGAGGAGGAGGAGGAGUUCAGAUCCCCUUGGGGAUACUGCAUCCAACCUAGGGAGUGCUGUUGAUGAGCUUAUGAGACAUCAACCUACCCUCAAAACAGAUGCAACAACUGCCAUCAUCAAGUUACUUGAAGAAAUCUGUAAUCUUGGAAGAGACCCUAAGUACAUCUGUCAGAAGCCAUCUAUCCAGAAGGCAGACGGCACUGCCACUGCUCCUCCCCCAAGGUCUAAUCAUGCUGCAGAAGAAGCCUCUAGUGAGGAUGAGGAGGAAGAGGAAGUGCAGGCCAUGCAGAGCUUUAAUUCUACACAGCAAAGUGAAACAGAGCCUAAUCAACAGGUUGUUGAUACAGAGGAACGUAUUCCUAUUCCCCUCAUGGAUUACAUCCUUAAUGUGAUGAAAUUUGUGGAAUCUAUUCUGAGCAACAAUACAACAGAUGACCACUGCCAGGAAUUUGUGAAUCAGAAAGGACUCUUGCCUUUGGUUACCAUUUUGGGUCUUCCCAAUCUGCCCAUUGACUUUCCCACAUCUGCUGCCUGUCAGGCUGUUGCAGGUGUCUGCAAAUCCAUAUUGACACUAUCACAUGAACCCAAAGUUCUUCAGGAAGGUCUCCUUCAGUUGGACUCAAUCCUCUCCUCCUUGGAGCCCUUGCACCGCCCAAUUGAAUCCCCAGGGGGAUCAGUGUUGUUGCGAGAGCUGGCUUGUGCUGGUAAUGUUGCUGAUGCUACCCUCUCGGCCCAGGCCACACCUCUGCUACAUGCACUCACUGCUGCUCAUGCCUACAUUAUGAUGUUUGUUCAUACUUGCAGAGUUGGACAGAGUGAAAUUCGUUCCAUUUCUGUAAACCAGUGGGGCUCUCAGUUGGGUCUGAGUGUUCUGAGCAAACUGAGCCAGUUAUACUGUUCGCUAGUAUGGGAAAGCACUGUUCUCCUCUCUCUCUGUACCCCAAACAGCCUACCAUCUGGUUGUGAAUUUGGCCAGGCAGACAUGCAGAAACUGGUUCCAAAGGAUGAGAAGACAGGUACGGCCCAGGGCGGAAAAAAAUCAGAUGGAGAACAGGAUGGAACAGCUGGAAGUAUGGAUGCUUCUACCCAGGGCUUAUUGGAAGGCAUUGGACUAGAUGGUGACACAUUGGCUCCCAUGGAGACAGACGAACCUACUACUUCAGACUCGAAGGGCAAAUCUAAAAUCACACCAGCCAUGGCUGCCAGAAUCAAGCAAAUCAAGCCUUUGUUGUCAGCUUCAUCCAGAUUAGGCCGAGCACUUGCCGAGCUAUUUGGACUCCUUGUUAAACUUUGUGUGGGGUCUCCUGUGCGCCAGAGACGGAGUCAUCAUGCCGCCAGCACGACUACAGCACCAACACCCGCUGCUCGAUCAACAGCCUCAGCCCUCACUAAGCUACUGACAAAGGGUUUGUCUUGGCAGCCUCCACCAUAUACACCAACGCCCCGCUUCAGGCUGACAUUCUUCAUCUGUUCAGUUGGUUUCACAUCCCCAAUGCUGUUUGAUGAGAGGAAGUAUCCCUACCACCUAAUGCUACAGAAAUUUCUCUGCUCUGGAGGCCACAACGCUCUUUUUGAAACUUUCAACUGGGCUCUGUCCAUGGGAGGCAAAGUCCCUGUUUCUGAGGGACUGGAGCAUUCAGAUUUACCUGAUGGUACAGGAGAAUUCCUAGAUGCCUGGCUUAUGCUAGUGGAGAAGAUGGUGAAUCCCACCACGGUGCUUGAAUCUCCACAUUCACUGCCUGCCAAAUUGCCUGGAGGUGUCCAGAACUUUCCACAAUUCAGUGCCCUGCGCUUUCUUGUGGUAACUCAGAAAGCAGCCUUUACUUGCAUCAAGAACCUGUGGAAUCGGAAACCGCUGAAGGUGUAUGGUGGGCGAAUGGCUGAGUCCAUGCUAGCUAUUUUGUGCCAUAUCCUCCGUGGAGAACCUGUGAUUCGAGAGAGACUGAGCAAAGAGAAGGAGGGAUCUCGGGGAGAAGAAGAUGCAGGGCAAGAAGAAGGUGGCUCCCGCAGGGAACCUCAAGUCAACCAGCAGCAGCUACAACAGCUCAUGGACAUGGGCUUCACAAGGGAACAUGCCAUGGAGGCCUUGUUGAAUACCAGCACCAUGGAGCAGGCCACAGAGUACCUUCUAACCCACCCUCCUCCAAUCAUGGGAGGAGUUGUUCGAGAUCUCAGCAUGUCCGAAGAGGACCAGAUGAUGAGAGCAAUUGCCAUGUCUCUGGGACAGGAUAUUCCAAUGGAUCAAAGGGCAGAGUCACCUGAGGAAGUUGCUUGCAGGAAGGAAGAAGAGGAACGGAAAGCCCGGGAAAAGCAAGAAGAAGAAGAAGCUAAGUGUCUGGAGAAAUUUCAGGAUGCUGACCCUCUGGAGCAAGAUGAGCUCCAUACUUUCACAGAUACCAUGUUACCAGGCUGUUUCCACCUUCUUGAUGAGCUGCCAGACACAGUGUACCGGGUGUGUGAUCUGAUCAUGACAGCAAUCAAACGUAAUGGAGCAGACUAUCGGGACAUGAUUCUGAAACAAGUUGUCAAUCAGGUGUGGGAAGCUGCGGAUGUAUUAAUCAAAGCUGCUCUUCCACUGACAACAAGUGACACAAAAACUGUGUCAGAGUGGAUCAGUCAGAUGGCUACUCUGCCCCAGGCCUCCAAUUUGGCUACUAGAAUCUUGCUUUUAACAUUGCUUUUUGAGGAGCUGAAGCUGCCUUGUGCUUGGGUGGUUGAAUCCAGUGGCAUCCUUAAUGUUCUGAUCAAGCUCUUGGAAGUGGUUCAGCCUUGCUUACAGGCCGCCAAGGAGCAAAAGGAGAUCCAGACCCCAAAGUGGAUCACCCCUGUGUUGCUCCUGAUUGAUUUCUAUGAGAAGACAGCCAUAUCCUCAAAAAGGAGAGCGCAGAUGACUAAGUACCUACAGUCCAACAGCAACAACUGGCGCUGGUUUGAUGAUCGCUCUGGGCGUUGGUGUAGUUACAGCGCAAGCAACAACAGCACUAUUGACUCUGCCUGGAAAUCGGGAGAAACAAGUGUACGGUUUACCGCAGGCCGAAGAAGAUACACUGUCCAGUUCACUACAAUGGUGCAGGUUAAUGAGGAAACAGGAAAUCGACGCCCUGUGAUGCUGACUCUCCUCAGGGUACCACGGCUGAAUAAAAAUUCAAAAAACAGCAAUGGACAAGAACUAGAGAAGACGCUGGAAGAAAACAAAGAAAUGGAUAUCAAACGCAAAGAAAAUAAAGGCAAUGAUACCCCCUUGGCUCUAGAGAGUACAAACAGUGAAAAGGAGACAAGCCUGGAAGAAACAAAAAUGGGGGAGAUACUGAUCCAGGGCCUGACAGAAGAUAUGGUGACUGUUUUAAUCCGGGCCUGUGUGAGCAUGUUGGGAGUCCCUGUGGAUCCAGACACUUUGCAUGCCACCCUUCGCCUCUGCCUGAGGCUCACCCGGGACCACAAAUAUGCCAUGAUGUUUGCAGAGCUGAAGAGUACCCGCAUGAUCUUGAAUUUGACCCAGAGCUCAGGCUUUAAUGGGUUUACUCCUCUGGUCACCCUUCUUUUAAGACACAUCAUUGAGGAUCCCUGUACCCUCCGUCAUACCAUGGAAAAGGUUGUUCGCUCCGCAGCAACAAGUGGAGCAGGUAGCACUACCUCUGGUGUUGUAUCCGGCAGCCUUGGCUCUCGAGAGAUUAACUACAUCCUUCGUGUCCUUGGGCCAGCUGCAUGCCGCAAUCCAGACAUAUUCACAGAAGUGGCCAACUGCUGUAUCCGCAUCGCCCUUCCAGCCCCUCGAGGCUCAGGAACUGCAUCAGAUGAUGAAUUCGAGAAUCUUAGAAUUAAAGGUCCUAAUGCUGUACAGCUGGUGAAGACAACUCCUUUGAAGCCCUCGUCUCUGCCUGUCAUUCCUGAUACUAUCAAGGAAGUGAUCUAUGAUAUGCUAAAUGCUCUGGCUGCUUAUCAUGCUCCAGAGGAAGCUGACAAAUCUGAUGCUAAACCUGGAGCUAUGACUCAGGAAGUUGGCCAGCUCCUGCAAGACAUGGGCGAUGAUGUAUACCAGCAAUACCGGUCACUCACUCGUCAGACCAGUGACUUUGAUGGACAGACAGGCUUUUCCAUUAAUAGUCAGGUUUUUGCUGCAGAUGGUGCCGCCGCUGAGAAUUCCACUUCUGGGGCCUCCCAAGUAGAAGCCGCUGCGACUCCAGAGGAGUCUCGAGAUGGGAAGAAAGAUAAAGAAGGGGACCGGGCCUCUGAGGAAGGCAAGCAGAAAGGCAAGGGCAGCAAACCUUUAAUGCCUACCUCCACUAUCCUUCGUCUUCUGGCAGAGUUGGUGAGAUCCUAUGUUGGUAUUGCUACCCUGAUUGCCAACUACAGCUACACUGUGGGCCAGUCUGAGCUGAUCAAAGAGGACUGCAGUGUGCUAGCUUUCGUGCUGGACCACCUCCUCCCGCAUACUCAGAAUGCAGAAGACAAGGACACACCUGCCCUGGCCCGCCUGUUCCUCGCAAGCCUCGCUGCUGCAGGGAGUGGCACAGAUGCCCAAGUAGCCCUAGUGAAUGAAGUGAAAGCAGCCCUUGGACGAGCACUGGCUAUGGCUGAGAGUACCGAGAAACAUGCCAGGCUGCAGGCAGUGAUGUGCAUCAUCAGUACUAUCAUGGAGUCCUGCCCCUCCACCUCCAGCUUCUACAGCAGUGCCACAGCCAAGACCCAGCACAAUGGCAUGAACAACAUCAUUCGACUCUUCCUGAAGAAGGGGCUGGUUAAUGACCUGGCCAGAGUGCCUCACAGCCUAGACCUGUCCAGUCCCAAUAUGGCCAACACAGUCAACGCUGCUCUGAAGCCUUUGGAAACACUUUCUCGGAUUGUGAACCAGCCCAGCAGCCUCUUCGGCAGCAAGAGUGCUUCUAACAAGAACAAGUCUGAGCAGGAUGCCCAAGGAGCCUCCCAGGACUCCAAUAGCAACCAGCAGGAUCCAGGCGAGCCUGGGGAAGCAGAAGUGCAGGAGGAGGAUCAUGAUGUCACUCAGACAGAGGUGGCAGAUGGGGAUAUCAUGGAUGGGGAGGCUGAAACCGACUCAGUGGUGAUUGCUGGGCAGCCUGAGGUGCUCAGUUCACAAGAGAUGCAGGUUGAGAAUGAGCUGGAGGACCUGAUAGAUGAGUUGCUUGAGAGGGAUGGCGGAUCUGGGAACAGUACAAUUAUAGUGAGCAGAAGUGGAGAGGAUGAAUCACAAGAGGACGUGCUGAUGGAUGAAGCUCCUUCCAACCUCAGCCAAGCUUCCACCUUGCAGGCCAACCGAGAAGAUUCCAUGAAUAUCCUGGACCCUGAGGAUGAGGAGGAGCACACUCAGGAAGAGGACAGCAGUGGCAGUAACGAGGAUGAGGAUGAUAGUCAGGAUGAAGAGGAGGAGGAGGAGGAAGAUGAGGAAGAUGAUCAGGAGGAUGAUGAAGGUGAAGAGGGAGAUGAAGACGAUGACGACGAUGGCUCUGAGAUGGAAUUGGAUGAGGAUUACCCUGAUAUGAACGCUUCUCCCUUGGUCCGAUUUGAACGCUUUGACCGGGAGGAUGAUCUCAUCAUUGAGUUUGACAACAUGUUCUCCAGUGCUACAGACAUCCCCCCAUCCCCAGGAAAUAUCCCUACCACCCACCCAUUGAUGGUACGUCAUGCAGACCACAGCUCCCUGACGCUGGGCAGCGGCUCCUCCACAACCCGCCUCACCCAGGGCAUUGGACGCAGUCAGAGGACGCUGAGGCAGCUGACAGCCAACACAGGCCACACCAUUCACGUUCACUAUCCUGGAAAUCGCCAGCCCAACCCUCCACUUAUACUCCAGAGGUUACUCGGUCCCUCAGCUGCUGCUGACAUCCUACAGCUGAGCAGUAGCCUUCCCCUACAAAGCCGGGGCCGGGCCCGCCUCCUGGUGGGCAACGACGACGUCCACAUCAUCGCCAGGUCUGAUGACGAACUACUGGAUGACUUUUUCCAUGACCAGAGCACAGCUACCAGCCAAGCAGGAACCCUGUCCAGCAUCCCCACAGCCUUGACCCGCUGGACAGAAGAGUGCAAAGUUCUUGAUGCUGAGAGCAUGCACGACUGCGUCUCAGUGGUUAAAGUGCCCAUUGUCAAUCACCUGGAAUUCCUGAGAGAUGAGGAGCUAGAAGAAAGGAGGGAGAAACGCAGGAAACAGCUGGCUGAGGAGGAAACAAAAAUAACUGACAAAGGCAAAGAAGAUAAGGAGAACAGAGAUCAGAGUGCACAGUGUGCUGCAUCUAAAACAAGUGACUCCGCUGAACAGAACCUCUCAGAUGGAACUCCUAUGCCUGACAGCUACCCAACUACACCAUCUUCAGCUGAUGCAGCUACAUCUGAGGCCAAGGAGACCCUUGGCACUCUGCAGCCCUCACAGCAGCAACCAGCACUCCCACCCCCACCAGCCUUGGGACAGGCUCCUCGGGAGCUGCAGUCCCCAGCUGCAGAAGGGGGAGGCUCUACACAGCUAUUGAUGCCUGUAGAGUCAGAGGAAUUGGGUCCCACAAGGCCAAGUGGAGAAGCAGAGACAACUCAGAUGGAGUUAUCCCCAGCUCCCACCAUAACCUCUCUUUCCCCAGAGAGAGCUGAAGAUUCGGAUGCAUUGACAGCUGUCAGCAGUCAACUGGAAGGCUCUCCCAUGGACACCAGCAGCCUGGCCUCCUGUACCCUAGAGGAGGCUGUGGGUGACACCUCAGCAGCUGGCAAUUCUGAGCAGCCCGCAGCAGGCAGCUCCACUCCUGGGGAUGCCCCACCAGUUGGGGCAAAUGUGCAUGGCAGGGGUGAUGGGUCAGGGGAACCUGCCCAACCUCCUGAGGACAGCUCUCCCCCUGCAUCCUCUGAGAGUUCUUCCACCAGAGAUUCUGCCGUGGCCAUAUCUGGAGCAGAUUCCCGAGGGAUCCUAGAAGAGCCACUGCCUUCAACAAGCAGCGAAGAGGAAGAUCCACUUGCAGGUAUCAGUCUCCCCGAAGGUGUGGACCCCUCUUUUCUGGCUGCUCUGCCUGAUGACAUUCGUCGAGAAGUCCUACAGAACCAGCUGGGCAUCCGUCCACCAACCCGGACUGCCCCUUCCACAAAUAGCUCAGCUCCUGCAGUGGUGGGGAAUCCUGGUGUGACUGAAGUGAGCCCCGAGUUCCUGGCCGCCCUGCCUCCGGCCAUACAGGAAGAAGUGUUGGCACAGCAGAGAGCUGAGCAGCAGCGACGGGAACUAGCACAGAAUGCCAGCUCAGACACCCCCAUGGACCCUGUCACCUUCAUCCAGACUCUGCCCUCAGACCUACGCCGUAGUGUUCUAGAGGACAUGGAGGAUAGUGUGUUGGCCGUGAUGCCACCUGACAUUGCAGCUGAGGCUCAAGCCCUGAGACGAGAGCAGGAGGCCCGGCAACGGCAGCUCAUGCAUGAGCGUCUGUUUGGGCACAGCAGUACCUCUGCGCUCUCUGCCAUUCUCCGAAGCCCGGCUUUCACCAGUCGCCUUAGUGGUAACCGUGGGGUGCAGUAUACUCGUCUUGCCGUGCAGAGAGGUGGCACCUUCCAAAUGGGGGGUAGCAGCAGCCAUAACAGGCCUUCCGGCAGUAAUGUGGACACUCUCCUCCGCCUCCGAGGACGGCUCCUUCUAGACCAUGAAGCCCUGUCUUGUCUCCUGGUCCUACUUUUUGUGGAUGAGCCAAAGCUCAAUACGAGCCGUCUCCACCGAGUACUGAGAAAUCUCUGCUACCACGCUCAGACCCGCCACUGGGUCAUCCGCAGCCUCUUGUCCAUCUUGCAGCGUAGCAGUGAGAGUGAGCUAUGCAUUGAAACACCUAAGCUCUCCACAAGUGAGGAAAAAGGGAAAAAAUCGAGCAAAAGCUGUGGGUCAAGCAGCCAUGAGAACCGUCCCCUGGAUCUGCUUCACAAAAUGGAAUCAAAGAGCUCCAACCAGCUUUCCUGGCUCUCAGUGUCCAUGGACGCAGCCUUAGGCUGCAGGACUAAUAUAUUCCAGAUCCAGCGUUCAGGGGGCCGCAAACAUACUGAGAAGCAUGCAAGCAGUGGCUCCACUGUCCACAUCCACCCCCAGGCUGCUCCUGUUGUCUGCAGACACGUUCUGGACACACUCAUUCAGUUGGCCAAGGUGUUUCCCAGCCACUUCACACAGCAGCGGACCAAAGAACCGAACUGUGAGAGCGAUCGGGAGAAGGGCAGUAAGCAGGCCUGCAGCCCAUGUUCCUCACAGACCACCAGCAGUGGCAUUUGCACAGACUUCUGGGACUUGUUGGUAAAACUGGACAACAUGAAUGUCAGCCGGAAAGGCAAGAACUCCGUGAAGUCAGUGCCAGUGAGCGCUGGUGGUGAGGGGGAAACCUCCCCGUACAGCCUGGAGGCCUCUCCACUGGGGCAGCUCAUGAACAUGUUGUCACACCCCGUCAUCCGCCGGAGCUCUCUCCUCACCGAGAAGCUCCUCAGACUCCUUUCGCUCAUCUCAAUUGCUCUCCCAGAAAACAAAGUAUCAGAAGCACAGGCUAAUUCUGGCAGCAGCGCUUCCUCCACCACUGCUGCCACCUCCACCACAUCUACCACCACUACCACUGCCGCCUCCUCCACAUCCACACCCGCUGCGACCACCCCUGUCACUUCUACUCCAGCCCUGGUUGCUGCCUCCGCUAUUUCCACCAUUGCCGUAGCUGCUUCAACCACAGUGACUACCCCCACGACUGCUACCACUACUGUUGCAACUUCUACUAAGGGCAGCAAAUCUCCAGCGAAAGUGGGUGAGGGGGGCAGCGGCGGUGCAGACUUUAAGAUGGUAUCCUCAGGCCUCACCGAAAACCAGCUACAGCUCUCCGUGGAGGUUUUGACAUCCCACUCUUGUUCUGAAGAAGGCCUAGAAGAUGCAGCCAAUGUGUUACUGCAGCUCUCUCGUGGGGACCCUGGGACCCGGGACACGGUUCUCAAGCUGCUACUCAAUGGAGCCCGCCAUUUGGGUUACACCCUUUGUAAACAGAUAGGUACCCUGCUAGCCGAGCUACGGGAAUAUAAUCUGGAACAGCAACGGCGAGCCCAGUGUGAGACCCUCUCUCCUGAUGGCCUGCCUGAGGAGCAGCCACAGACCACCAAGCUGAAAGGCAAAAUGCAGAGCAGGUUUGACAUGGCUGAGAAUGUGGUAAUUGUGGCAUCCCAGAAGCGACCCUUGGGUGGCCGGGAGCUCCAGCUGCCUUCUAUGUCCAUGUUGACAUCCAAGACAUCUACCCAGAAGUUCUUCUUGAGGGUACUACAGGUCAUCAUCCAGCUUCGGGACGACACACGCCGAGCUAACAAGAAAGCCAAGCAGACAGGCAGGCUAGGUUCCUCCGGUUUAGGCUCAGCUAGCAGCAUCCAGGCAGCUCGGAGUCUAACCAGUCGGAGGCAUCUGUCCGGAGGGAAGAGUCACCCAUGGAUGUGGACCAGCCAUCUCCCAGUGCUCAAGAUACUCAAACCAUUGAAAACGAGGCUGCAUUGUGCUGCUUGGCUACUGGGCAGAAUUUAGAACGUAUCUCCGAUGGAUACCAGGAAAAGAUAGCUUCAGAUGGAACCCCACAGGGGGAGAAGGAAAAGGAGGAGAGGCCGCCUGAAUUACCGCUGCUCAGUGAGCAGCUGAGCCUGGACGAGCUGUGGGACAUGCUGGGGGAGUGCUUAAAGGAACUGGAGGAAUCCCACGACCAGCAUGCGGUGCUAGUGCUGCAGCCUGCCGUCGAGGCCUUCUUUCUUGUCCAUGCCACAGAGCGCGAGAGCAAGCCUCCUGUCCGAGACACUCGAGAGAGCCAGCUGGCACACAUCAAGGACGAGCCUCCUCCACUCUCCCCUGCCCCCUUAACCCCAGCUACACCCUCCUCCCUUGACCCCUUCUUCUCCCGGGAACCCUCAUCUAUGCACAUCUCCUCAAGCCUUCCUCCCGACACGCAGAAGUUCCUUCGCUUUGCAGAGACUCACCGCACUGUGUUAAACCAGAUCCUACGGCAGUCCACCACCCACCUCGCCGACGGGCCUUUUGCUGUCCUGGUGGACUACAUUCGUGUCCUCGACUUUGAUGUCAAGCGCAAGUAUUUCCGCCAGGAGCUGGAGCGUUUGGAUGAAGGGCUCCGGAAAGAAGACAUGGCUGUGCAUGUCCGCCGUGACCAUGUGUUUGAAGAUUCCUAUCGUGAGCUGCAUCGCAAAUCCCCUGAAGAAAUGAAGAAUCGAUUGUAUAUAGUAUUCGAAGGAGAAGAAGGGCAGGAUGCUGGAGGGCUCCUGCGGGAGUGGUAUAUGAUCAUCUCUCGAGAGAUGUUUAACCCGAUGUAUGCCUUGUUCCGUACCUCACCCGGUGAUCGAGUCACCUACACCAUCAACCCGUCUUCCCACUGCAACCCCAACCACCUCAGCUACUUCAAGUUUGUUGGACGCAUUGUGGCCAAAGCUGUAUAUGAUAACCGCCUCCUGGAAUGCUACUUCACUCGGUCCUUCUACAAACACAUCUUGGGCAAGUCUGUCAGAUACACAGAUAUGGAGAGUGAAGAUUACCACUUCUACCAGGGCCUGGUUUAUCUGCUGGAAAAUGAUGUCUCUACACUAGGCUAUGACCUCACCUUCAGCACUGAGGUCCAAGAGUUUGGAGUCUGUGAAGUUCGUGACCUCAAACCCAAUGGGGCCAACAUCUUGGUAACAGAGGAGAAUAAGAAGGAGUAUGUACACCUGGUGUGCCAGAUGAGAAUGACAGGGGCUAUCCGCAAACAGCUGGCUGCUUUCUUAGAAGGCUUCUAUGAGAUCAUUCCGAAGCGCCUCAUUUCCAUCUUCACCGAGCAGGAAUUAGAGCUGCUCAUAUCAGGACUGCCCACCAUUGACAUUGAUGACCUGAAAUCCAACACUGAGUACCAUAAGUACCAGUCCAACUCUAUUCAGAUCCAAUGGUUCUGGAGAGCAUUGCGUUCUUUCGACCAAGCUGACCGUGCCAAGUUCCUCCAGUUUGUCACGGGUACAUCCAAAGUGCCCCUACAAGGCUUUGCUGCCCUCGAAGGCAUGAAUGGCAUCCAGAAGUUUCAGAUCCAUCGAGAUGACAGGUCCACGGAUCGCCUGCCUUCAGCUCACACAUGUUUUAAUCAGCUGGACCUGCCUGCCUAUGAGAGCUUUGAGAAGCUCCGCCACAUGCUACUAUUGGCCAUCCAGGAGUGCUCUGAAGGUUUUGGGCUGGCCUAAGGAGGCCCUGCCCACAUCUGUGGGGUUUUUCUACCAUUGUUGGACCUGGGGAGGGGGGAAAUUUAAAAAGAACCAGAAAGAAAAUGUCAGAAACCAAUAAAUGAAAUCCACCAACUCACCGUGUGUGUCCCAGCUGCCCCAUCUUCCCCAGUGCAGACCUGGUGCCCUUCUCCUGCUCAUUCUCUCUCCUGCCCUCCCAUUUCCUCACCUCCUCUCCCCUUUCUGUGCCGUCCAUGAUCCCCCACCCCAUGUGUUAAAAAAGGCGGUAGCCUUUGCAGGGACCUGUUUGUCCCAACUGUUUGAACAGUGUGCUCCUCAGAUUCUGUGUUCAGAAGGAUUUGCUGCAUUGAGACUUGAAACCUUUGGAUAGGGGAAAAAUUAUAUAUAUAUAUAUUUUUUUGUUCUGUUUGCAUUUCUUAAUUUGUGCUUGGAAUGUGUUGAUGUGCACAGCUAAUGAUUCAAUGCGAGACAAGAUUGGCGUCUGUGUUGUGGAGGUUUCAAAUAAAGAGCACUCUUCAUAA